AUGGUUGCCAUCCCAAGCACAGCAGCCGUUCUCAUCACAUGGCCUCUGCUCUUUGCUCAAACAAACGCGUUCUGGCGACUGCUAUGCGACAAUCCAGUCACAGUCGGACGUUAUGAUCCCAUCGUCAGCCCAGGCGGUGUCGCUGGCCACGUACAUACCGUGUCGGGUGGGUCGGGCUUCAGCAUGUCUUCAACAUACGAGGACCUGCGUGCAUCUUCCUGUACAUCUUGUCAAAUAAAACAAGACAAGUCAGCAUACUGGAUUCCGAACCUUUAUUAUCAGGGUGCCAACAAUGGCACAUUCGAGGAAGUGAGCACCAUUGGCGGCAUGACUGUGUAUUAUCUUCAGCGUGGCAAGAACAUUCAACAAAUGCAACCAGGAGAGGUCAAAUCUUUUCCGCCAGGCUUCCAGAUGCUUGCAGGCAACCCAGCACUGCGCUCAGCAGGCAACUCCCUCGAGCAACAGGCCAUCAACUUCGUGUGCCUCGAUUAUGCAGCAGGAUCGUCCUCAUCUCUUGGCUUGCCCACAAAGAACUGUCCCCAAGGUCUGCGAGCGCAAGUGGUGUUCCCUUCUUGUUGGGAUGGUGUCAACUUGGACUCGGCUAAUCACAAGUCUCACAUGGCUUAUCCAGAUGCAGUCUCCUCUGGUACAUGUCCCGCGAGUCACCCUGUCCGUCUCGUCACAGUCUUCCUCGAAGUCACCUUUGAAGUCGAUCAAUUUGCAAGCCGUUGGUAUCCUGGCAGGCCUCAACCAUUUGUCUUUGCACAGGGUGACGCAACAGGCUACGGCCUACAUGGUGACUUCCAGAAUGGUUGGGACCCAGCCUUUUUACAGCAAGCAAUCGAUACAUGCACCAGCAGCUCUGGCCAGAUGCAAGAUUGUCCGCUUUUCGACCUUCAGUAUGGCCAGCAGUGCCAUGUCACACCUCAAGUCAACGAGCUCGUCAAUGGUGCUCCAUUGGCCAAGCUUCCUGGGUGCAAUCCCGUCACUUUCUCGGCAGAGUCGAAAGCGGCAUGCACAGAGGCUUUGCCAGAGGUUUGGAACACAACAGCUCAGUACCUUGGUCUCACUGCACCGCCAACUUCCAACUUUUUGUCAAAUCAGCCUCAGACACGGCCAUCUUACAACAAAUGGCAGUUCCUCGGUUGUUAUGAGGACUCAUGGGCACGAACACUUCCUAAUGCUGUUGGCGUUGUCGGCGAUGUUUCUGUCUCAUCGUGCUUGGAUGCUUGCAAGUCGUCGGGCUACAAUUACGGCGGUAUGGAGGCCGGGCAAGAGUGCUGGUGUUCGAAUGUGGCACCCAGCGCAAAGCUGCUGACUUAUGCGAGCUGUGGGGCUACCUGCAAGGGCAACUCGAGCGAACUCUGCGGCGGCGGUUGGGCGUUGUCUAUCUACAACGACACGAGCGCUGUAGCGCCAGUGAUCCCGCUGACUUCCACCGACCUCUCCUCGCUCUUCAAUGGCUGCUACCAGGACAACCCAAACCGCAUCAUGCAGCAGCGUAUGUCCUCCAACUUUACUGUCGAUGGCUGUCCCAAUGUACCGCAAACUGUUGCUGCAUGUGCACUCUCGUGUGCUGCAUCUGGCUUCACACAAGCUGGUGUGGAGUAUGGUGGCGAGUGCUCUUGUGGUCCUCUUGCUGCUCGGUCUGUGCGUGUUGCCGACUCUGAGUGCUCCAUGUACUGCAAUGGUGAUGCGACCUCUUCGACCUUUUGUGGUGCUGGUUACCGCUUGCAGCUGUACAAAUUGCCAGCACCACCUGCCCUGCUCAGCUCUGCUGCUCCAUCAAUAACAGCGAUUCUUGUUUCAAGCAGCUCU